UUUUAUGGCCAAAAUAAAAGAACCUUGUGUUUUUGUCAAGAGUAUAUAAUGGAAAAUAGUUUAUGCUCAAGAAUCUAAUUUUGAAUCCCUGGGAAACAGUUUCACUGAAUUCUGCCCGUGAGAUUUUUUAAUAAGUUGAUAUAAAUUUAAUAACCUUCUGAAGUAAUGGCAUAUUUCAGACUUUCUUUUACCUACUCCAUUCAGAUGCUUGAUAAUGUACAGGUUCUAUCGCUCUUCUAAAAGGCUGACUGUUUUUGUAAUGUUAAUUCUCCAUCCUUAUAACUGGGAUGACAGGGUCACCUCAGCCUUUGUGAUUUCUGAGACCUGGACAUAUAUGUUCUUAAUCCUGCACGGUUGGGGUUUUGAUGGGUGCUAGGAGUUUUUACUCCAUGGAAUUUGGUAGAUUGAAUUGUUGGAGAGUCCAAAAUGACACAGAAAAAUAUAGGUUCUUAAAAAUAAAAAAAGAAAAUUAUUUGCCUCUCAGUGAAAUUAAAAGUGAUUGUCAUUGUGAAUGAAAAAUGGUAUAAUUCUUUGUGAUACCCAAACUACAAAACUAGAAAGAAAUUAUUGGUGGUAUAUUGGCUUAAAUUUUUUUAAAUCUAGUACUUUUUAUUGUUGGGUAUCUUUGCAAAAGCAUGCUAUACAGGUAAAGAAGACAGAGGUUACCCUUCUUAUUACUCUCUCUUGCCCUAUAAGACAGGUCUCUAAGAAAUCACACUUGAUCUUAGCCAAGAGCGAUUCUAAGAAAUCAAAGAAGGAUGGGGAUCUACUAGUAGAUCUCAAACUGCAUGCAGUAAUAACACUGUAUUUUCAUCAGUUCUAAGCAACAAGCUUUAGAACUAGCUUUGGACCGUGCAGAGUAUGUCAUUGAAAGUGCCCGGCAGAGACCUCCUAAAAGGAAAUACCUAUCUAGUGGAAGAAAAUCUAUAUUUCAAAAACUUUAUGACUUAUAUAUUGAAGAAUGUGAAAAAGAGCCUGAGGUUAAGAAAUUAAGAAGAAAUGUGAACUUAUUAGAGAAGCUUGUUAUGCAAGAGACAUUGUCAUGUUUAGUGGUCAACCUGUACCCAGGAAAUGAGGGAUAUUCUCUGAUGCUCAGGGGAAAAAAUGGAUCAGAUUCUGAGACCAUUCGACUGCCUUAUGAAGAAGGAGAAUUGCUUGAAUACUUGGAUGCAGAAGAAUUACCUCCAAUUUUGGUUGAUCUCCUAGAAAAAUCUCAGGUUAAUAUUUUUCAUUGUGGAUGCGUCAUAGCAGAAAUACGUGACUAUAGGCAGUCCAGUAAUAUGAAAUCUCCUGGUUACCAAAGUAGGCACAUUCUGUUACGUCCAACAAUGCAGACUUUAAUCUGUGAUGUACAUUCAAUAACAAGUGAUAACCAUAAGUGGACCCAGGAAGACAAACUUUUGCUUGAGAGCCAACUGAUUCUGGCUACAGCAGAACCACUGUGUCUUGAUCCUUCCAUAUCUGUAGCCUGCACUGCAAACAGACUGCUCUAUAACAGGCAAAAGAUGAACACGCGCCCGAUGAAACGAUGUUUCAAGAGAUAUUCCAGGUCCUCUCUGAAUCGGCAGCAGGAUAUGUCCCAUUGUCCACCUCCUCCUCAGCUAAAAUUACUUGAUUUCUUACAAAAAAGAAAGGAAAGAAAAGCAGGUCAGCAUUAUGACCUCAAAAUUUCUAAAGCAGGAAAUUGUGUAGAUAUGUGGAAACGGAGUCCCUGUAAUUUGGCUGUACCUUCUGAGGUGGAUGUGGAAAAAUAUGCCAAAGUAGAAAAAUCUAUCAAGUCUGAUGACUCACAACCAACAGUCUGGCCAGCCCAUGAUGUAAAAGAUGAUUAUAUAUUUGAAUGUGAAGCUGGUAAUCAGUAUCAGAAAACAAAGCUGACCAUUUUGCAGUCUCUUGGUGAUCCACUUUACUAUGGUAAAAUCCAGCCAUGUAAAGAAGAUGAGGAGAGUGACAGUCCGAUGUCACCAUCCCACUUCUCCACAGAUGAUCAUUCAAAUUGGUUUGUUAUUGGAUCAAAGACUGAUGCUGAGAGAGUAGUCAAUCAGUACCAGGAAUUGGUCCAGAAUGAAGCCAAAUGUCCAGUGAAGAUGUCGCAUAGCUCCAGUGGCUCAGCCAGCUUGAGUCAGCUUUCUCCAGGGAGAGAAACUGAACAGCCUGAGACCGUGUCAGUUCAGUCGUCAGUACUGGGGAAGGGAGUGAAACAUCGACCUCCACCCAUCAAACUUCCCUCAGCCUCAGGAAAUAGUUCCUCAGGUAACUAUUUUACACCACAACAGGCCAGCAGCUUUCUUAAAUCUCCAACUCCUCCUCCUGCUUCUAAGCCACCAAGUCUUUCUCGGAAGUCAUCCGUGGAUCUUAAUCAAGUUAGCAUGCUUUCUCCAGCUGCCCUAUCACCUGCCAGUUCAUCACAAAGAUCUGGAACUCCUAAGCCAUCUACUCCUACACCAACCCCUUCAUCGACCCCACACCCUCCUGAUGCUCAGAGCUCAACUCCUAUUACCCCUUCAGCUACCCCUACUCCCCAAGAUUCAGGCUUCACCCCUCAGCCCACUUUGUUAACUCAGUUUGCUCAGCAGCAAAAGUCUCUGAGCCAGGCAAUGCCUGUAACGACCAUUCCUCUUUCCACCAUGGUGACAUCCAUAACCACAGGAACCACAGCCACCCAGGUCAUGGCAAACUCUGCUGGACUUAACUUCAUCAAUGUAGUGGGCUCUGUUUGUGGAGCUCAAGCUUUGAUGAGUGGUUCAAACCCUAUGCUGGGCUGUAACACUGGUGCCAUAACUCCUGCAGGAAUAAACCUGAGUGGCCUUCUACCCUCAGGAGGUCUGCUACCAAAUGCAUUGCCGGGUGCAAUGCAGUCAGCCUCUCAAGCAGGUGUUCCAUUUGGUUUAAAAAAUACUUCAAGUCUCAGGCCCUUAAAUCUACUCCAGCUCCCAGGCGGCUCGCUCAUUUUUAACACCCUGCAGCAGCAGCAGCAGCAGCAGCAGCAGCUCUCCCAGUUUACACCGCAGCAGCCCCAGCAGCCCCAGCAGCCCACAGCUUCCAGUCCUCAGCAGCCUGGGGAGCAGGGCUCUGAACAAAGUUUGACCAGUCAGGAACAAGCCUUAUCUGCUCAACACGCUGCAGUUAUUAACCUUGCCGGAGUAGGAAGUUUUAUGCAUUCACAGGCAGCUGUGUUGUCUCAGCUUGGCUCUGCCGAGAACAGACCUGAGCAAAGCCUUCCUCAGCAGACUCCAGCUCUCCUCUGCCUUUCAACAGCAGCAGCAACAGAUCCAACAGUUACGAUUCUUGCAGCAUCAAAUGGCUAUGGCAGCAGCAGCAGCACAAACAGCUCAGCUACAUCGUCAUCGGCAUACAGGCAGCCAGUCAAAAAGUAAAAUGAAGAGAGGCACGCCAACCACUCCAAAAUUCUGAGUCUUGAAUAGUUUUUCUUUUUAAAAACAUAAGAGCAUUGAAUCAAAAGGAUUCGGAGUUUCUACUUCAUUUUUGUUUUUUAAAAAUGUGUCAGUAUUUUACAUUGCUAGAUAUACAAACUUUAUACAGAAGUUUGAUUUUUAAAUAAAAACAAAUAAUUUUUAAAUAAAAACAGGGAAAUGGUUUAACAAACCAUUAGGGUUGGUUUGCCUAAGUCAUUGUUUUUUUAAAAUGGUUUCACUGUACAUAAUACAGAAGUGACCUGAGAAAUACUAGAAACAUCUUUCAAAAAAAUGUAGUUUGGUAUUUAUUUAGUAUAAAAGGUUUGUGCACAGUGUAACAAAUACAGUUUUUACAAAUCUG